GGGAGUUUGUGGGAUCGUGCGGAAUACCUAAUGUAGCGCUCUCAAGGAUUGUAUACUUGUAGCUCAUUGUACGCCUAGGGACAUAAUAGGCAGAAUGUCACUUAUGAGGUGACCAAGCUUACUCGUUUGGUUUGGACAACGUGAGAGUGUAAGAGGAAGAAGAAGAGGACAAGAUGGCGACUGUAAUGAUAGUUUUUGUUAUCUUCCUAAUAGCAGUGAUAUGUGUGUCACCGAACCCGGCUGCUACUAGGAAAGAGGUGAGGAAGGACCAUUGUAAUAAGACGGUGGACAUAUACGAGGACGUAGUGUCCCCGGAAGUGACGCAGGAUACGUUCGGGAAGCCGAUGACGUGUUGGUACCGCUUCCGCAGCUUCCGGGGCACUCCCAAAGACUGGAUACUCAAGAUAAGGUUCAAGAAGUUCAAAGUAGGAACCCUGGUGAACGCCACCGACUGCCACAACGGGUACCUGCAGAUUGUAGACGGAAACGCCAAGACUGAGCUAAGCAAUCGCAAGGACCCGGGGCUAUUCUGUGGAGAGACAGAACAAGCGCAGACGUUCAUAUCCGAGACGAGCUUCGUGAAGUUGCUGUUCCACGUAGACAACUUCACAGACCAGACGUACUUCAGCUUCGACAGCCGCGCCGAGCAGCAGUUCGACGUGUAUCUUCGGUAUGGCCAACACCCUGAGCUAUACCCUAACAGAAGGGGACAAGUCGUGGCUGGGUCCUACUGUGAGAGGGUUUUCAAAGACUGUCGUCUGCAGACCUGCUACGUACAAUCUCCCGCGUACCCGGGAGUUUACCCGCGCAAUCUCCACUGCUCCUACCAUCUCAACACUAGGCUGCCCUUCAUCAAACUAUACAUAGAGAAUGAGGAGUUCAACAUCGAUGGUCAACGCUGCGAGAACAUCAUGACCUGUCCGAUGAGGCCGAUAUCAUCAGGAGCUGAACAUUGCCCUUACGACUACAUCAAGAUCUACGACGGCAAGGACUCGUCUAGUCCUGUCAUAGGAAUCUUCUGUGGAAUGGGGAAGUUUCCUUACUCCAUCAUCGGGACCAGUGAGGACCUGUUUGUGGAGUUUGUCACUUCACCAGCAGGCCCACUACUCAACACCGGGUUCCACUUCAACGUGGGCAACUGGCCGGGGCACGUGGAGACAGCUGGGAGCCGCACGGGGGCCUGUGAUUGGCUGUUGACCAGUGAUGACCUUGUAGCGUCCGGUGAUAGCGAGGGCAUCUUCUUAUCAGUGGCUCACUGGUACCCGCCCCACACCAGCUGCACGUACCUCAUACAGGGAAAACCCAACCAGAUAGUACGGCUGUACUUCCCUAGUUUUAGAAUCAACCGGAUAGAGUCGCCCAUCACAGUGUUUGAUGGGGAUUGUGGGGAGAGCCUCACUCUCUACGACGCAUCUUGGCCUGAUGACGCCCGUAUCAUCAAAACGUUCUGCGACACGUUCUCUAGACCAAUGGAGAAACACGACUUUGUCUCCACAGGGGACGCUCUAUUCGUCAGGUUCGAGAGCAAAACUGGAAGUUACUCCGGAUCUUCUCUGUACUACUGGGCACAUUACGAUUUCUUCAACAACACAAGAUACGGUCGCCCAGUUCAAGAUACCGUCUGUGACGAAGAAAUCGCUUCCUGGACCAAGUCUUCGGGAUAUCUCAGGUCUCCAGUGAAUACACUCGUCUACAAACGUACCGAAGCCGAUGGAGAUCUUCAUUGCCGAUACAAAUUCAUCACGGACAACAGACUGUUUGCAAGAGUUAUCCUGACAAUCAAAAGUAUCAACUUUAAGGAUCACCCAUUCAACUCAGCUCCCCCAGAGGAGUGCUGGGACGGCAGAAUGGACAAGCUGGUCAUCUGGGAGCCUGCCCUGGUCAACAUAUCGUACCAUCCUCCAAGCAUCGCUACCAUCCCAAGCUCUGGCAAGGCAGGAGCACACUGUCUCUGCAGAACAACCCCCUCCAAGGGGGGCCGACCAGUUACCAUAGUGACGUCAUCCACGGAGACGCUGAAUCUAGAGUUGAUGGUUGAUGUAGGUCACUCAGCCUCUAGCUACUUCAAACACCCUAGUCCGUUGUUUGAGGCCACAUAUGAGUUUAUCCAUGGACCACUGUGUGGACCUGCCAACAUCCCUGCUAGUACUGAGGGUGAGCUUCACUACCCUCACUAUGAAGCUCUCGGCUUCACAGAACCUCCAAGGUCGUUGAAGUGCCUCUGGGAAAUCAAGGUUAACCGGGAAAGAGACGUGUGGUUGCACUUUGACAAAGUCAGGUUUGCAACAAGAGAUUGCCAAGAUGGAAGAAUAGAAGUUUACCUCCCUUCAAGGCCUGAAAUUCCAUACAUGACCAUUUGUGGACACAACGUCAGCGCCAAGGAAAUGCAACCGCUCACCUCUUUGGAUCUUACUCCUCACACUGCAUCAGGCUACAGUUCACAGCCGUCGGUGAAGAUCCAAUUCAUCGGAACAGUCACUCCAGCAAGAGCCGGGUUCAAGAUAGCUUGGACAGAAUUGUUCCAUCUUCCGAGGAACGCUGAUGGGACUUUGAUGACCUCGAAGAUGAUUGAUGAUGGAAUGACAGGCUCGCUGCAGAGUGAUGAUUGUGGAUUUGUCUGUCCAGGAGAGAAUGGUCUUUGUAUUCCCUCUUCGCUAGUGUGCAAUGGUGUUAUGAACUGUCCUGGUGUAGUUAACGGAAGUCUGGCCGCUGACGAGGCUCUGGAACUCUGCGCAGCAAGGAUCGACCAAAGCCAAGCAAACUGGUUCGUCAUUGCUAUAGGAGCGACUGGAGGCGGUCUGUUGGCCAUCGCGUGCAUCGUGCUUCUUUGCAAGUGCUGUUGUUGUUGCUGUGGCAAAAACGAUGACGAUGAUUACUGAUAUCACGCUUCCCCUGACCGCUAUCAUCUUCCACGAGAGAGAUAAAGUCUUUGGUUUCGUCGUGGUUGAAAUCAAGUGCUGGGAGCCCCUUUUAAGGUUUACCUAUCAACUACCUUUAUUUGAUGAUAAGUAAAAUAUUUCUCGCAUUACUUCUUUUCCGAAGAGAAAAUUU